CGGGGUCUGUGUGGCGGGGGGCAGCGGCCGCCAUGUCGGCUGCGGCCGUGGAGAGCGGCGGCGGGGCCCGGCCGGACGCCUCGGACCUGCUGGAGCGCUGCGGCGGCUGCCGGGAGCGGCUGCGGGCGGAGCGGGAGCCGCGGCUGCUGCCCUGCCUGCACUCGCUGUGCCGGGGCUGCCUGCGCGCCGCGCCCGGAGGCACCGCGGUGGAGUGCCCCAUCUGCCAGAGCCAGUGCCCCCUGCAGGACGUGGUGGAGAACUACUUCUGGAGGGACAGCGGGGCCGAGGCGGCGCCCGGCGGCCAGGCCUCCAGCCAGUGCUGCACGAGCUGCGAGGACAACGCUGCCGCCAGCAGCUACUGCGUGGAGUGCUCGGAGCCGCUGUGCGAGACCUGCGUGGAGGCGCACCAGCGCGUCAAGUACACCAAGGACCACACCGUGCGGGCCAUGGGCAGCGGGCGGGCGCGGGCCGCGGAGCGCGCCCUCUUCUGCCCCGUGCACAAGCAGGAGCCGCUGGUGCUGUUCUGCGCCACGUGCGACGCCCUCACGUGCAGGGACUGCCAGCUCAGCACCCACCAGGACCACCAGUACCAGUUCCUGGAGGAAGCAGUGAGGAACCAGCGCAAGGUGCUGGUGGCGCUGGUGAAGCGCCUGGGGGACAAGCACGCCGCCCUGCAGCGCUCCGCCAGGGAAGUGCGCAGCUUCAUGCGGCGCGUGGCGGAGGUGCAGAAGCGGGUGCAGGUCGAGGUCAAAGUGGCCAUUCUGCAGAUCAUGAAGGAGCUCAACAAGCGCGGCCGGGUCCUGGUGAGCGAUGCCCAGCGGGUGACCGAGGGGCAGCAGGAGAGGCUGGAGCAGCAGCACUGGGCCAUGACCAAGCUGCAGCAGCAGCAGGAGCACGUCCUGCGCUUCACCUCCUGGGCGCUGGAGAGGGGCGACAGCGCUGCCCUGCUGCUCUGCAGGAGGCUGAUCUGCUUCCAGCUGCAGGGCGCCCUCAAGGCCAUGGUGGAGCCUGUGGAGCCUCAGGGGGACAUGAAGUUCCAAUGGGACCCCAGUGCCUGGACCAAGAGCGCCGAGAGCUUCGGCACCAUCGUGUCGGAGCGGAGCCUCCCCCCGCCAGCCCUCAGCCCCCACGGCCCUGGGGCCUCACAGGGUCCCCCCCAAGCCAUGGUGGUGAGCAAAGGGCACCCCAGCCCCCUGCUGCAGGGCUCCCCAGCACCCCCCGGCGGGGCUGAGGAGGGGCUGGGGGUGCCCCCCCUGCCUCACUUUCCCCUUGGGGUGCAGGGCUUGGGGUGCCCCAACCUGUCCCCCCCCCACCUUUACCCUGAGAUAGCCGAGAGCUGUGGGGACAUGGAGCUGGCAGCCAAUGGCCCCCCCGAAGCUGCUGGCACCAGAGGGAAGAGGAGCUGCCCGGUGCCGUGCCCGGUGCUGCGGAAGGUGCCGCGGGUGCGGCUGGAGCGCCUGGAGCUGGGCCUGGAGCUGGGAGCGGCGCCGGCGCCGGCGUUCCGGGUCCUGCCCGGAGCCUCCGCCCGGGAGUUCAGCCUCAUCGUCAUCGAGCGCGGGCAGCCCCGGCCCCCCCCUGCCGCCAUCAAGGAGGAGCAGCCGGAGGACACGAAGCCUCUUCCCACCUACCCCCCCGCGCCGGGAUCCGCCGGCUCCUCCUCGGAGCCGGGAUGUGCGCUGGGAUCCGCUCCGGGCUCCGGGCUCCCCGCCGGCGUGUCCUGCUGCCGCGUGUGCCGCCGCGCCGGGGCCGUGGUGAUGUGUGACCGCUGCGAGCGCUGCUUCCACCUCAGCUGCCACCUGCCCCCGCUGCAGGAGGUGCCCAGCCCCGAGUGGAGGUGUUUGCUCUGCCAGGACCUGCCCCCCCCCAGCCAGGACCUCACCGAGGGGCCCCCCCUCAAGCUCUGCCCCCUGGACCAGCAGAAGUGUGAGUUGGUGCUGCUGGAGCUGCUGUGCCACGAGCCCUGCCGGCCCCUCCAUCGCCUCUCCAGCUCCACGGAUACCCCAGAUCCCAUCGACCUGACACUGAUCAGGGCCCGGCUGCAGGAGAAGCUGAGCCCCCAUUACCGCAGCCCCGAGGAGUUCGCGUGCGACGUCUGGAGGCUGCUGCGGCAGUUCAGCCGCCGGAGCGAGGACAAGGCGGAUGUUCAGUCCAUCUUGGCCCUGCAAAGCUUCUUCGAGGCCCGGCUCAGCGCUGCCUUCGGUGACGGCAAGUUCUCGGCUGCCCUCUUCCUCAUGGAGCCCCUCGUCCCUUCGGAUGAGGCUCAAGGCUCCCCGGCCCCCCCCCCUCCCCGCUGCUGGCUCCGUGGCUCCCUGAUGCCUUCCCAUGGGAAGCAGGGAGGAUGAGGAUGGGUUUAUCCCAUCGUGGUGUCAAUGUCUGCGUCAGUCGGAGAAAUAAAACCCUCCCUGAGCUCCCCCC